CCACCACAGGCGUGUUAGACCAACAGUCCAUGCGGGUCCUUCCAAAAACAGCCUGGCUGUCAUCGACAACAAGCCUGCGUUGUGGAUGCAGUAAGGAAAGGGGGAAAAGAAGAUGGGCACUGUCGAACAGGCAAGGUGCUGCGUCGGCCUCGUGGGGCCGCUCGACGUCAAGAGAGCCGAGUACGAGUUUGCGACGAGGAAGCUCGAGGAGCUGGGGUGCCAUGUCGUCGUGCUGGACGUGACGACGAGGGACAUGGACGACGACAGGCAGGGGCACGCGAGCGACACGCACUGUUCUCCGCGGCAGGUGCUCGACGAGAUCAUCUCGACAGCCUCGUUCAAUGCUCUCGAUCGCGGAGAGCGAACCGAGGCGAUGCGGGCCGGCGCGCUGCGGAUCCUCGGCGCACUAAAGCACGAGGGGAGGCUGCAUGCCCUUGCCGGCUUUGGCGGGAGCCAGACGACGUCGCUCGUCACUUGGAUCAUGCGCAGUGCUGUAUUCGAGAUUGGCUUCCCCAAGGUUGCCGUCACGACGAUGAUGGCCGGCGACGUGGCCGGCUAUGCAGGCGAGACCGACAUUGUCUUUUGGCCCUCCAUCGUCGACAUCUCGGGCAGGCUCAACUCGAUCUCGGAACUCAUCCUCACAAAUACCUGCCAUGCUGUUGCAGCGCUGGCCGCCUCCUACCAGGCGCGGCUCCGGGCAAGCCAACCUACCGGUGGUGUCAGGCAAGCGAGCCGCAAGCCCCACGUGGCCCUGACCAUGUUUGGCUUGACCACGCCUUGCGUCAAUGAGUGCAGCAGGCUGCUCUCCGAGAAGGGCUUCGAGCCCGUAGUAUUUCAUGCCAGCGGAGUAGGGGGCCGGAGCAUGGAGCGCCUCAUCAACGAGGGCCUCUUUGACGCUGUGUUGGACCUCACCACCACCGAGCUGGCCGACGAGCAACUUGGCGGCGUUCUCUCCGCUGGGCCCUCGAGAUUGACGGCCGCUCACCAGAAGAACAUCCCACAGCUCAUUUCGGUGGGUGCGCUCGACAUGUGCAACUUUGGGUCACUGGACACCGUGCCAGGUGCUUUCCGCGAGAGAAAGCUGCACGCCCACAACGAAAAGGUCACACUGCUGAGGACCAACGCCGAAGAGAAUCGGCAGCUGGGGGAGGUGCUAGUCAACAAGGUCAAGGGAAGUACCUUCAAGAUCUUGUUCCCCACAAAGGGCACAAGUGGCAUCGACAUCGAAGGCGGCAGCUUUGAGGACAAAGAGGCCAGGGGCGCCUUGUUGGACGGCAUCAGAAGCGCAUUGGGCGAUGCUAGUAGCGAGCAUUUGAUACCUGUUGACUUGCACAUUAAUGACGCUGCUUUCGCAGCGCGGGCCGUCGAUGAGCUUGUCUCUCUGUACAACAGCAAGCAGCCAGAGACUUGACAAGGUCGUAAUAAAAACCUCAUCAUCGUUGCCCAUCGAGGCGCAUUUAUCGGGGCCUCGACCCUCGUCGGUCCAUCGGUUCACGUGAGGCAACGCGGGAUUCUAGGCACAGCCCCUAAACACAGAUGAGGCUAAAAUUACGCUCAGGAGCUCCUUCGCCUGCAUCGCCUUCGACAUAACACCCCCUUUCACCAGCUAUAUCCACCUGCUUGCCUGCGCUUCGCCACAGCUGCAGCGUCUCACAUCACGUACGACGGCCGAGCCAAGAACGGGAAGAAGCCGAGCCUUGCCAGUCUCCAUUUCCAGAUACAGUUGCACCCAAGGAACCCGGACGCAGGAAGCCCGACAGCCUAAGCCUGCACCCACCUGCAAGCCAAGACGCGCUCGCCCUCAGCGGC